AAUUGUUAAUAAAUAUCUUAAGAAAAUAUUAACUUUUAUUAAAGAAAUGACAAUAGAAAGCCAAAUAAACGUACUUUAUAGCCUUAUUGAAGCAUCUCUUGGUAUAUUUUGUGAAGAAAACGGGGUUAAAAGAAAUAUAAAUCUUAAAAAUCCAUAUGAUGCAGUUGCAUGUCUUUUUAAUGCCUUUAUGCUUAAAGCGGGGUAUACGCUGCUUGGAUUUGGAGAAAGCCAUUGUUUAGAUGUACCGAUUACAGAAUCAGAGAUAAGGCCUUUAUCAGGGAUUUUAAAGGAAUCAAAUGAAUCAUUUUAUACGUUUCGCUAUAAAUUUGAAUGUAAAGAGGAGAUAAUUCUUAUUAAGUUGUUAAAAAUGGACAAAAAAAUAGUUAUUCUUGGUACAAUAAUGGGAAAAGGAAAUACCGUUACAUAUGAUAUAUUUAUUGAUGAAUAUAUACAAAAAGACUCUUUUCCAUAUCCAGAUGAAGGAAAAGAUAGGUCAUUAGGGGAGAUAUAUGUUUCGAAUGAAAAAGUAGUAGAGUUAUUAAAAAUAUAUCAAUGUAAUAUUAUUGAAAAAUUGAUUCCAUCGAAUGAAAAAUCAAAAUUUAAAAAAAAUAAUCUUUGUGAAGAGAGUUUUUUUGAAAUACCAAAAAAUAAUUUUCCUUCAUUAUGUAUGGAGAAUCCUAUAUCUUAUAAAUUUAAUGUAGAACAAAACAAGAAUCAAACAUCAGAUUUUUGUAAUAUUUCUAUUGGAAGUGAUGACUUAUACCCAUCGGGAAUAGGAAAACAUCCUAUGCUAAUACCAUCUAUAAUAAAAGAACCUAUAAUAGAUGAAAUUAAAGGAUGUAAUAAUGGAAUGUAUCCUAGUAAAUCGCAUCCUAUUUUUAGAGGAGCUAAAGGAAAAGAAGGCUUUCAAUUACCAACAGGUAUCAGAUAUGAUCCGAUAUCUCCCAACGAUGAAAUUGGAUUGGGGCUAAAAGGGUUGGGAAAUCCUUCACGCAGAUAUAAAAAUAUUGGAGAGCCUGAUAAUGAUGAAUUUUUACCACCAGAUGUAGAUAGAAUGUAUAUAUAAUAAUACAUAGAUAGCUUUUAAUUGCUGAGGGAGUACGUCUUUGUUUUUUUUUUUUUGAUAAUAA